CUGUCAAACAGGCAAACGUCAACAAUAUUAUUUUUAUAAAACUUGAAAAUGGCGGACGAUGCGUCGAGCAGCAGCGCUUGUACCGGUAAUUUAAUUGAAAAUUCAACAAAUCAAGAUGAGUUAAUUAUGAAACAACAGCGCGAAAUAGAGAAAGAGAUAUCAGAGUCGAUUCCCCUCGUCGGAGAUCUCGAACCGCUAUCGUCACUAGAAAAAGAAUACAACGAGGAUCCCGUGUAUCUACUUAAAGUCAAAGACCUCGCCGCCAAAUACAAAUCUAUAAGAAGAACAAGACCAGACGGAAAUUGUUUUUUCCGUGCAUUUUCUUACGCUUAUUUAGAGCAUCUCCUCACCGACAAACAGGAGUUUGAUAAGUUUUAUGAAAUAGCGAAGAACUCGAAGGAAAUCCUCGUCGCACUAGGCUUUCCUCAGUUCACUGUUGAAGACUUUUACGAAACUUUUAUGGAAGUAGUUCAAAGAGUGGGAGAACAGGUAGGUGGUUCCCCUGAGGAACUUUGCUCAAUCCGAGAUGAACUCCAUGACAAGUUCAACAAGCAGGGUUAUUCAGACUACAUUGUGGUUUACCUGCGUCUUAUCACGUCAGGGCAGCUGCAGACACAGCAUGACUUCUACCAGAACUUUAUUGAGGGACCUCGUACAGUUAUCGAGUUUUGUAGACAGGAGGUGGAGCCCAUGUAUAAGGAGUCUGACCACAUCCACAUUAUAGCACUCAGCAAUGCCCUCAAUGCGGGUAUCAGGGUCAAAUACAUGGACCGCGGCGAGGGCAGUCAGGUGAUAGCCCACGACUUUCCCGACGGCGUGAAGCCGCUAGUCCACCUGCUGUACCGACCGGGCCACUACGACAUUCUGUACGCGUGAUCUCUAUCGCGAUUCCACUUCACAUUUAACAACUACAUAUUAAACUUAAUUAUCUUAUUCAUACCGAUUAA